AUGGACGCAUUGCUGGAAGGGCUCAACGAUGCGCAAAGAAGCGCCGUCACAAGCCCUGCAAAUGUCCUGCAGGUUCUUGCGCCACCGGGCUCUGGCAAAACGAAGACGCUGACAGCACGCGUCGCAUAUCACAUCAACCACGAACGACUUCAGCCAUGGAACAUCAUCGUGUGUACCUUCACCAUCAAGGCAGCACGUGAAAUGAAAGAGAGGAUCAAAGGAUUUGUAGGCGAAAAACUCGAGUCAAAACUGAUUCUUGGGACUUUCCAUUCUGUCGCACGUCGCUUCCUGUCUCGGUACGGCCAAGAGAUUGGGAUUGAUAAAAACUUCGGAAUCGCAGACACCGAUGACAGCAAGGCAAUAAUAAAGCGUAUCGUGUCACGUCAUCAGUACAUGGUUGAAGAAGGCCAUGCACGAUCGCGGAUAUCUGGCUUGAAAGCGAAAGGUAUCUCGGCGGAGGCUUUUGCGGCGAGUAAAAAGAAAGUUGACGACAACGAUUUCGCACAGGUCUAUCUAUCAUAUCAAGAGCAUCUGAAGGCGUCGAACCUGCUUGAUUAUGAUGACCUCCUAGUGCGAUGCGUGGAGUUACUGCGACGUGCGCCAUCAUGCGUUUCGACAAUUCAAGCUGUUCUCAUCGACGAAUACCAAGAUACCAACAACAUCCAAUACGAGCUGAUGUCACUCAUGGCGCAACAAACGAGACGGAUUACUAUCGUGGGCGAUCCGGAUCAGAGUAUCUAUAGCUUUCGUUCCGCUGAGCUCAAGAAUUUGCUCCGUAUGCGCGACGACUACCCGGAAUCAAUCGUUAUCAACCUUGAAAACAACUAUCGUUCUUCGGGUCGCAUUCUCAGACUGGCGUUAGCGGUCAUAGAACAAGAUGAGAGUCGACCUGAGAAAGCCCUGGUUGCUACACAUGGCGCUGGUGAACAACCAACUCUCCGCCAUCUUGCCAACGCAAACGUCGAAGCAAAAUGGAUCGUCGAUGAGAUACAAAGAACCAAAGUGCUUAGCGGCGGGCUACUGAACUACAACGACUAUUCGAUCUUACUGCGCUCUGCUGCUCUUUCGUUGUCCAUCGAGCGAGAGCUGGGACGAGCAGGCAUCCCCUAUCGUAUGGUGGGAGGUAGGCGUUUUUUUGACCGCGCAGAGAUUAAAAUCGUUCUCAACUACCUGCGAGUCAUCAGCAACCCACACAACAACGAUGCUGUAGUGAGAGUCAUCAACACGCCUGCCCGAAAGGUCGGGGACACGACGGUCAAAGCAUUACUGAAAGAGGCGGAGGAGGGGAAGGUCUCUCUUUGGAAGCUUGUCUCUGACGUUGCAAAGGGAAACAAAAGGCCCAGGACGAAACUAUCUGCACCCGCAGUGCAGGGUAUUGAUUUGUUUUUCCGAUUAGUUAAUACAGCACACAAAAGGCUCCAACCUGAAGAAGGCGAGGCAUGGAAUCUCCUUGAUUUGAUUGCCCAUAUCUUAAAAUCGACAUCAUUCGAAUCGUAUCUCAAGCAAACAUACAAGGAGGAUUGGAAAGACAGAUGGGCCAACGUUGAGGAAUUAGUUGCUCAGGCAACUCAGAUGGCCACUGCACUCUCCAAUGGAGACGAGGUGGCCGAUGAUGCGCUACCGAUAGUGGAAGGUCUCGAACAACGACAAGACACUGCUGGCGAUAUCUUGUCAAAGUUCCUGGUAAACGUUGCGCUUGCUACAGAUGUUGAGGGACACGAUGGCGAAGAAGUGAGCCAGGUUACAAUUUCCACCAUACACUCUGCAAAAGGCCUCGAAUGGCCUAUUGUUUUCAUUCCUGCAGUCUACAACGGCUCUAUCCCACAUUCGAGGGCCGAAAACCAUGAUGAAGAACGACGACUGCUAUACCGUAACGUCAUCUCGGAUCUGGCACGAAUCCUCGGUAGACCUUGUCCGCAACGCGCCGCCAUUGAGGCUGCUCGUCAUCUCUUGGAACACCUAGAGGAUGCAAAAUACCCAGCCACAAGGGAUGAGAUUGAUGGAGAUAAUUCGUCUUGGGGAACAUCCUACGAUGACAGGUUUGGAUCUGGCCAACACGGGACUGACUCGCAACUGUCCAAACGUCGCAGGAUCGAGCCGGCGCUUGGCGGGUUCUCCGUUCCAGGUAUGUCAAUCACUGAGAAAACAGAAGGCAACAUGUCGCUUGUCAGUAUAGAAUCCAAGGGUGGGUUUAUCAGCGCCCGAGAUGCACAAGCCAUACAGCAAGAAGCACUACGUAUGCUCGCCAGUGCUCAAGAUGCGGAAUCAGGCAAAACAACAUACAAAAAAGAGACCAGAACACUAGGAACAAACCCUGUCAGGGCUAAGGCCGCCAAACCUCGAGCAGCAGGUCAAGGUUCUAUCACAAGCUUCUUCGCAAGACCUGGUAACACCCUCUCAGAGACAAACCCCGUUUCUCCAUUGGAGGUUCCUUCGUCAAAGCGAUCUCGAUUACUGUCAAGUUACACUCCUCUAAAUGACAUCUCCAAUGUCCGACCAACUAUCUCGCAACCCUCCGGCGGAUUCCAGUCACUCUCGAUGCCCAGCCACAAACUACAAGCUCGACCUAUGGCGAGCAAGCCGAAAAGGGCUGAACCCGGAUCGGAUGCAAGACACGCUCUCUGUCUGAGCUCGCCUACUCGGCCACAGGAUCGGGAAGUCAUUGAGCUUUUGGAUGAUGACGAAGACACUCAAAUCGGAACACCAGUGAAGCAGACUUCAUCGUCGACGUUCACCUCCACGACUGCAUCUCGACCUGCUUCUACGUUCCAUACAACAUCGAUGGAUCAGAUACAAACCCAGUCGGCAAACAGGAAGACGUUGGGUACACGGAGGACGAUGCAGGGGUGGAGUGUGAAACAUAGCCAGAUGCCGAAGCCGCGACCGUCUUGA